GACGUUUUAUCUGUUUAGCUCCUAGAUUUAACUUCGCCUUCCUUUUUGUUUUUAAAGCUCCUAGAUUUGACCUCCAACCGAACAGCUAUCAGCAUAUUCCACACUUCCAUAAGCGUUAACCAUGUAUCCUGAUCAAAUCAAAACAUGGUCAAUAUAAUCUCCCAAUAAUUUCAACAUCACCAAGAAAUUAACAGGUGCCAGAUAGCACAAUCCCAGAUGAAUCACUUCACAUUAUGGAUACAUAUAUUCAUUUUCUUCACAAUAGCACAGGUAGAGCUUGGUAUGAGUCAGGUACCAACAACUCUUGAAGGCCCAUUUAAGCCAGUUACACACAUAUUUGAUUCUUCAUUGCGUAGAGGCAGUGAUGACUUGCCAAUGGACCAUCCACGUCUUAAGAAGAAUGUCACUGGAAAUUUUCCAGAGCAGAUAGCUCUGGCUAUCUCUUCACCAACUUCAAUGUGGGUUUCUUGGGUCACCGGAGAUGCCCAGAUUGGUUCUAAUGUAAUUCCUCUUGAUCCUGCUUCCGUGGCUAGUGAAGUUUGGUAUGGGAAGGAAAGUGGAAAUUAUACAGGGAAACAAGAGGGGAAUUCAACUAUUUAUAGUCAAUUAUACCCAUUUGAGGGACUAAUGAAUUACACUUCAGGCAUCAUUCAUCAUGUCAGAAUUGAUGGUCUUGAACCUGGGACAAAAUAUUAUUACAAAUGUGGAGAUAGCUCUAUUCCAGCUAUGAGUGAAGAGCUUGUCUUCCAAACUUUACCAGCAUCUAGCCCAUAUUCGUAUCCUCCUCGAAUAGCUGUAAUUGGAGAUUUGGGUCUCACAAGUAAUUCAUCAACAACUAUAGAUCAUCUAGUUAUGAAUGAUCCUUCAUUGAUUUUAAUGGUUGGAGACUUAACUUACGCAAAUCAAUAUCGUACUACUGGUGGCAAAGGAGCUCCAUGUUUUUCAUGUGCAUUCCCUGAUGCUCCUAUCAGAGAGACAUACCAGCCGCGUUGGGAUGGCUGGGGAAGAUUCAUGGAGCCACUGAUAUCAAGAGUUCCUAUGAUGGUCAUAGAAGGGAACCAUGAGAUCGAACCUCAAGUCGCUGGGAUAACUUUCGAAUCAUAUUUGACCAGGUUUGCAGUUCCAUCAGAAGAAUCUGACUCCAAUAGUAACUUCUACUACUCUUUCGAUGCUGGUGGUAUACAUUUUAUCUUGUUGGGAGCAUACGUUGAUUAUAACACUACUGGUUCUCAGUACGCUUGGUUACAGAAAGACUUAAAUCAAGUAGACCGCACGAAGACCCCUUGGUUGGUAGCUGCUUGGCAUCCACCUUGGUAUAAUAGUUAUGCUUCUCACUAUCAGGAAUUUGAAUGUAUGAGGCAGGAAAUGGAAGCACUCCUCUAUCAAUAUCGUGUUGACAUUGUUUUUUCUGGUCAUGUUCACGCUUAUGAGCGAAUGAAUAGAGUCUAUAAUUAUACAUUGGAUCCAUGUGGUCCAGUUUACGUAAUUGUUGGAGAUGGUGGAAAUAUCGAGCAAGUCGAUGUUGAUCACGCAGAUGACCAUGGAAAAUGUCCUUCAGCUGGAGAUAACAUACCUGAAUUUGGAGGGGUAUGCCAUAUUAAUUUUUCUUCUGGUCCUGCUAAGGGCAAGUUUUGUUGGGACAAGCAACCUGAAUGGAGUGCAUUUAGAGAAAGCAGCUUUGGGCAUGGCAUUCUCGAGGUCGUGAAUUCUACAUAUGCAUUGUGGACUUGGCAUAGAAAUCAGGAUAUAUACAAUAACGAUAGUCAUGGCGAUCAAAUCUAUAUUGUGCGGCAACCUGAACUGUGCCUUCAGCAGUGGAGGCGGAGCCGUUUGGAGACAAAUAAUAGUGGUCAUGGCCCUACUUCCAUAAGCUCCCCACUAAAAUUUCAAAAUGGUCUCUCAAAAUAAAUCUUAUUCCUGAGUUUUUUUUUUUU